GGCUACCAAAAGAUUGCCAAGCGAGCCGUGCAAGGGAAACGACGAGGCCAAGAAACGUGUAAACUUACUACAAUACUCACAAGCACGGGAAGCUUCACACAGAUCUCCGAAGCUGAAAGAUAUCCAAUGGCUACUGCUACACAUCCAUCACAGCCCUCACGAUGACCACCGAAGAAGAGGAAACCGCGUACAUCGAUUACGAAACGUUCCUCUCUCCCACAUUCUCCCCCUCCUCAUUCGCAAACACCCUCGUGCUUGGGACGAACAACCCAACCGAUACCCCUCUCGACCUAUCUACGCCCCUCUCACGAGUCUUGUUCGAUUCUCAAGAGAUCAAUACCCACAUUGAUACCCUCACUUCGAAGAGCGCCCUCCCUCUUCUCAACCACACCCAACAACAAACCGCAUCUAGUGCCCGAAUAGUGCAGGAAAUAGAUUCUCAGGUCGCGAGCUUGAACGAUGGAUACAAGCGAUUAGAAAAAGAAGUUUUGGUCCGGUAUGAGACUGCAGAAGAAGUUCGAGCGGUCGCAGGCAGAUUAUGGGAGACUGUGAGAUUGGGGCGGUCUGUUGGACGAUGCCUCCAAUUAGGACGCCAACUUGAGAUACAGCUGGCAGAAGUCGCAGGUACUGGCAAUCCAGUGAAGACAAUAGGGCAGAAGGAAGAUCACCGAGCAUUGGUCCGGUGCUCGAAUACCUUGCUGAGUCUGCGAGACCUGCUGUCGAAGAAGGGCGAGGGGGAAGAGGGGCAAGGACUGGAUCGUGUGGAGGUUGUGCGGACGUUGCAAACUACAGUUGUCAAUCCUGCAGAAAGGACAGCCAUUACGAAGUCACAGCAGAUUGUGCGGGAAUUCUCGAUGAGCACUUUGUCGACUGGAGCAAAUACCACAACCUACGCACAAACAGCAGAUACAAAAUCGAGGACGACGUCAGCGCUGAUAUCCCUAUACCUUCUUUCGCCCAUUGCGGAGAUCUCGAAAAGCAAGAAAACCGAGAAAUGGGAGCCAGAGCUCCUGAUCAACUCUCUGCAAGAUUACCUCCGCACGGCUCUGACAUCUUCCUUGGCCUCUCUCACACGCUCUCUUGCAACACUGCCUACACUCGACAGAACUCUUCUCGAAGUUGCAGCACGAUGCCAAAAUAUACUCGCCCUCGAAUCACUUCUCUCAGCCACAACUCCCCCUCCUCACCCAACACUACCCUCAACAGUUUCUAUACCACCGAAUUUCCUUCAGCCACUGCUCACGAGCCUCGAGACGGGAUCACUGGCCAGUUACUUCUGGCGAACAUUGGCAGGAGGACUGAGCACAAAAGUUGCAGAGAUCACAAAUAAGGGAGGCGUGAGUGCAAGAACGUUAAGGACGAACAAGAAUAGUGUACGAGAUGCAAUAAAGGAGUGCGUUGUGAGGGGCAGUACUCCACCUGCUGGCGUAGCUGCCGGGAAGGUCAAAGCUGAAAACGUGGAGAAGACAUGGGAGAGAGAAGUUGGUGUCAUGAUUGGUGCGCUGGGCAAAUGAUACAUACUUCCUGUUGGGUCGGGGACCACAUUCAAGAAGUGGAAUCCGGAUCCGGACAAUAGCAGCCGGCUCGAUGUAUGUCCGGGAACUACAACCUGUGCGAGUAUCAAUGUUCGAGAUACAAUCGCGAUCUAGAACAUUUUUGCCAGGCGCUGAGCCAAGGAGGUGGUGGACAUCAAACACCAAUUCGAGCCAGCAUCUCAUGUUCUACAGAUAAAAUAAGCUAUCUGGUGUACCCCGAAUCUUGCCUCGUUAAUGAUGUACCUUCAUGCUGGACAACCCAUAACUUUUCUCGACUCAUCUAUUCAUCAUUAUGGCCUCGUUUUUUAUUGUGCUAUCUCGUGGCGACGGCCCAAAAUCACCUUUGUAAAGUAUAUUUUGUUAUGUUAACCUUUUUUGGUAUAUAUUCUGACUCUGAUCGUGCAAAUUACGGGCGCAAUGGAA